UAUGAGUGGUUUCCUGCGUACAAUCUUCAUAGAACUAUUUUUCGUGCGCAGAUUUUGUUGGAAAAAUUAUUGCUAUUGCUGGUGUCGUCAUAGUGAACACUAAGAAUGGCCCAAGACUAAAAAGAAACAUUCAUAUAACUGAUGGCAGGUCCUAAUUCAUGCACUCUUGUUAUUCAUACUACAUAGUCACUAUAUCCUUCGUUUUUGCUAAUUUCACUUACUAAAAAUACUAUCACAUUUCAGCCACAAAGUGAUUGUCACUUUAUGGCAAGACCAAGCUCAGUCCUUUGAUGCCGAGCGCUUCCAUGAUGCAUCAGCUACCACACCAAUUUAUGUGCUCUUCGUUGGUAUGACUGUGGGUACUUUUUCAGGUGCAAUAUUAUGUUAUCAUGAAUGUUACCUUACCUACCAUACGCUAUCCCUCCAAACACACUCAUUACUGCUCAGCCAACGCUGUAUAUAUGAUGCCAUCUUUUGGCAGGAUCUAUUGCCCUCCAAGGAAUCUCCGCCACAAAAUGGUAUAUGGAUAUACCGAUCCCUGAAAUCACAGCACUACGAACCAGGUUACACCAACUUUUAUACCUACUUCCAUCUCACCUGCACUUCCAUCCUGUAUACACCUGCAUUAACACUACAACAUCUAUUACCAAUCUAUUUGCAUAAUGCUCAUUACACAGCCUAGCAAAUCAACCACACCAAAUCGAAUGGCUCGAAGGAAAUCCUGCUCUGAGCAACCCAGUGCCUACCACAGUCAACAACCUCACCAAUCUUAUUCCCAAUGAUGCUUUGGUAUCGCAACCCUUGCUUACUAUGUUUGCUUCUUCUUUUUUUCCUGUUCGACCCUAUUACACCUGACCCAUAAUAUCAAUAUUAUAGGGCCAGACUUAUACUGUGACUAUUCUCCUCAAAGACCUGGUUCCUGCUGAAUCCUGGUGGUAUAUGUCCUGUGGAACCUGCUGGAAAAAAAACUGAUCCUGAUGGUGAUUCUUAUAAAUGUCCUCGCUGUUCCAGCACACAGGCAGAGUCACGGUGCGUUCCAUUUGCAUGCUACUUUACCUAGCUUCACUAUCCUCAUUCACUCAUAGCUUCUGCUUACAUAUAUUGCUCCGCAAUUUAUGUUACAGAUACAGGAUCACAUACUAUGGCACCGACCCAUCUACAACCCAAGAAACUAACCCACGACUUGCACGCUUCAUAUUCUUCAGGAAGAUAGGCCACCAGCUAAUUGGGAAACCUCCCACAGUCCUCAUUGCAGCAUCAAAAGCUGACCCAGCCUAUGUCCCGCCUGAAAUAUCAAGCCAUAUUGGGAAAACUUACACCGCCACUGUACAGAUGACAACAGGCUCCCUCCAGAGCAUUGACCCAACGUUCCAAGUCCAGUCCCUUGCUAUUCAUGCAAGAUUAUCAGGCAGGCUCCUCAGUCCUAUAACAACCACUCCAGUACCUUCAUCAGAAGACAUUACAACUGCCGCUCAGCUCCGCAGCAGCACCGCAUUUGCCCACCAAUCCAGUACUACUUCGGCUUUAAAUACACAAUCCCCUCCUACGUCUCCUGAAAAGCAGCUUGUACCAUCAUCAACACCACCACCACAGGCCACACCUACUUGCCAGGCUGCAUCCAUGGCCAGCAGUAGCACAUCUGCAUCCCACAAACGGUCCCUCCCAAGCACUGAAAACCUGGACACCAACAUCCCUACCACCAGAAGGUACUUAUUGCUUCCCCUUGCUGUUCCUAAGCUCCUUUCAUUAACCCCUCCCCCCAUACAGUAUAGUCUUUGGUCGUAAACAAUAUCAACCCUUUGCAGCCUUUCCACCGAUGCAGAGCCACAUUGUGCUGCUAGGAAACUCGACUUCUCCAUCUCCAAUGACAAAAACUAGGUUCCCUACUCAUGGUGCCAACUGACCAUCGGCUCCAGCAUCACCGCUCAUCGUCUACAAAACACCAACAUUUUCCACUCGCAGACAAUCUUUCACCUCAAUAUGUUGUUACAUCUGCUUGUUUUAACAUGGCCGACCCUAGCGGCUCAAAACUAGCCUUCUCAUACUGUAUUUUGCUUACCUUCAGCUGUAGUGCUUUCGGAUACCAACCCAGUAUAAAUCACUGGUAACCAACUACUCUUUCUGUUAUGCAUUUCGGGACUAUUAGCUUCUCAAACUUUUUCUUAAUAUAGUCUGCACCUGUAUCA